CGCCCACUUCUGGUGAAAUGAAACCAAAACAUUAGCAUUUAGCAGCCCAUUUAGCUUUUAGCUUGUGUGCCUGUAUGUGAAGAAGAAAUGGCCUUUAUUCCUGUGUCUCAGGAUGAGUUCAACUGUUGUGUUUGUCUGGACUUGCUGAGGGACCCGGUGACUGUUUCCUGUGGACACAGUUUCUGUUUGAACUGCAUUACAGGCUGCUGGAAUCAAGAAGACCAGAAGGGUGUUUACAGCUGCCCCCAGUGCAGGGAGACCUUCACUCCAAGGCCUGUUCUACGCAGAAACACAAUGCUGACUGAAGUUAUAGAGAAACUGAAGAAGACCGAACUGCAGUCUGAUGGUAAGGCUCCUUUCUACGCCGGACCAGGCGAUGUGGAGUGUGACUUUUGCAUUGGGAGAAAACAUAAAGCCACCAAGUCGUGUCUAACAUGCAUGGGAUCUUACUGUGAGGUUCACAUCCAGCCUCACUAUGAAGUUACCUGUCUGAAGAAGCACAAGCUGGUUAACGCCAUCUCACAGCUACAGGGGAAGAUUUGCUCUCAACAUGACAGGAUCAUUGAGGUGUUUUGCCGUACAGAUAAGAAGUUAAUCUGUAUGCUGUGUUUAUUGAACGAUCACAAUGGACAUAAAACUGUCUCAGCUGCAGCAGAAUGGGCUGAAAAUCAGACAAAGUUGCAUGGAACGAAGAUGAAAAACAAGACACACAUCCAGCAGAGAGAGAAGGAGCUGCAAGAGGUCAAACAGGCCCUGCAAACUCUAAAGGCCUUUGCACAAGAAGCUGUUGAGGACUCAGAGAGGAUGUUCACUGAGCUGAUCAGCUUCAUGGAGCAAAAGCGCUCUGAGGUGACCGAGUCGAUCAGAGCUCAGGAGAGGGCAGAGGUGAGUCGAGCUGAAGAACUGCUUGAGCAACUGGAGUUGGAGAUCACUAAACUGAAGAGCAGUAAUGCUGAGAUUGAGGAACUUCUACAGAAGGAGGAUCCUAUUGAUUUUCUGCAGAGCUUUUCCCUCACUUCACCUCAGUUCGAGAUCCUCUCCAGUGUGACUUCAACGCCACAUUUGUCCUUUACUGAAAUUAAGGGACCAGCCCUCAUGGAAAUAAAACAAACGAUGUCGAAGUUCAAUCCAGGUUUCAGGAUUGGGGAUCGAGUCCAAGUGAGAGCUUCUGUUCAACAGCCAAAGAAUGGGGGAUGGGGAGGCGUCACUCACAAAAGUUUGGGUGUGAUAACAUCGUUCAGCUCACAUGGAUACAUACUGGUUGAUUUUCCUGAGUGGAAACAGUGGAAGGCAGAUCCCUUUGAAAUCAAGCUGGUCCUCAGGAUUGGGGACAGAGUCCGAGUGAAGGCUUCUGUUCAAAAGCCAACGCAUGGGGGAUGGGGAGGCGUCACUCACAAAAGUGUGGGAGUGAUAACAUCGUUCAGCUCACAUGGAUACAUACUGGUUGAUUUUCCUGAGUGGAAUCAGUGGAUGGCAGAGCACUAUGAGAUCGAGCUGGUCCUCUAAUGCAUCACAUGCUAAAUUCUAAAGCAAACUGUUACAUGCAUUCAAAAGCAUCAUGAGGCAGAUCUUGCUUUUUGGACAGUUUUAAAGAUAUUUGUUGUCCUUUAUCUCCAUUUGUUUUCUAAAGUUGUUCUGGAAUAAUAAAAUAUUUGAGAAAUUG